GCGGCGGCGGCAGGCUGGACGCAGAGCGCGGGCCGGGCACCGGGGGACUCCGUGCGGGGUCCGGUCCCGGAAGGCCGUGGCUUAAGGCGCGGGGACGCGGGAGGCCCGGGCGCGCAUUGGCGGCAGGCAGGCGGGCGAGCCCACGGCACGGCACCCCCCGCGCCCCCGCCCCCGCUCUGCGGAGAAUGGGCACCUCGGGCCGCGGGGCGCAGCCGGAGAAUAAACCCCAAUGAUCACGGACUGAGUCCGCGCCGCCACCAUGUCCGUGGCCUUCGCGUCGGCGCGGCCGAGAGGCAAAGGGGAGGUUACACAACAGACCAUCCAGAAGAUGCUGGAUGAGAAUCACCAUCUGAUCCAGUGCAUCCUGGACUACCAGAGCAAGGGCAAGACGGCCGAGUGCACCCAGUACCAGCAGAUCCUGCACCGGAAUCUGGUCUACCUGGCCACCAUAGCAGACUCCAACCAGAAUAUGCAGUCGCUGCUUCCCGCGCCACCAACACAGAACAUGAACCUGGGCCCUGGAGCACUGAGCCAGAGCGGUUCCAGCCAGGGCCUGCAUCCCCAGGGCAGCCUCAGUGAUGCCAUCAGCACAGGCCUGCCCCCUGCUUCCCUCAUGCAGGGCCAGAUCGGUAACGGUCCAAACCAUGUGUCCAUGCAGCAGACAGCGCAGAGCACACUGCCCACAACCUCCAUGAGCAUGUCAGGCAGUGGCCAUGGGACUGGGCCUGGCUACAGCCACUCGGGACCCACCUCGCAGAGUGUCCCCAUGCAAGGCCAAGGUGCUAUCAGCAACUAUGUGUCUCGGACCAACAUCAACAUGCAGUCGAACCCAGUCUCCAUGAUGCACCAGCAGGCAGCCACGUCCCACUACAACUCAGCACAGGGCGGGAGCCAGCAUUACCAGGGCCAGGCGCCCAUUGCCAUGAUGGGCCAGGGUGGCCAAGGGAGCAGCAUGAUGGGACAGCGGCCCAUGGCGCCCUACCGACCCUCCCAGCAAGGCUCUUCCCAGCAGUACCUAGGCCAGGAGGAGUACUACAGCGAACAGUACAGCCACAGCCAGGGAGCUGCAGAGCCCAUGAGUCAGCAGUACUACCCAGACGGCCACAGUGACUACGCCUACCAGCAAUCGUCUUACACAGAGCAGAGCUACGACCGCUCGUUUGAGGAUUCCACACAGCACUACUAUGAGGGGGGAAACUCUCAGUACAGUCAGCAGCAGACUGGGUACCAGCAGGGCUCAGCGCAGCAGCAGACGUACUCCCAGCAGCAGUACCCCAACCAGCAGAGCUACCCCGGACAGCAGCAGGGCUAUGGCCCUGCCCAGGGAGCCCCCUCACAGUACUCAAGCUACCAGCAAGGACAAGGCCAACAGUACGGAAGCUACAGAGCGUCGCAGACGGGACCUUCCGCCCAGCAGCAGCGGCCUUAUGGCUAUGAGCAGGGCCAGUAUGGAAAUUACCAGCAAUAAGGGACGAGCGUUGUCUUUGGACCCUUCACGGUAGUACGUUCUGGACAAGCCGGUGGCAGUUCUGAUGAGUCAUGACAUGUUGGUUACCCUGCGCCCAGUGCCAUGUCUGCAUGUGACGCAGGCUGAUUUCAUGCUGGGUGUGACGUAUUUGGUGCUGUGUAAAGUAUUGUAUAUCGACACAAUGGAGAGGUUGUCCUGUUUUUCUCCCUCACCCCCUCCUCAAUGUUCUUAGCUAGCUCUGGGGGUCACACUGUCAUCACGUGUUGUGUGCCCAGUGAGGAGACAAUAUCUAAAAGGUACCAUGAUCCAUGUUACUGUGAACAGACCCGGUGUGCUCCUCACACCAUUGUUGCAAAGUGGACUGUAAGUGUUUCUUUACCUGACUGCCCUUAGCUUGACACACAUAUACAACCCUGGGUGGCCAUCUCUUCCUGUGCCUAGAUAGGGCUUGGGGAUACCACCUGUGUCUUUGGGCUAGUUUCGUGUGUCAUUGUAACAAAGAAAAUGUGCUCCAUGUGUGGAAAGACGAUGAGCUAUCCUUUCCAGAACUUACCCAUUGCCUGUGUCUCUCCACUCCUCGUGAUCCUAAAAAGUCUAUGUCUUUAAACAGUGAAGAGGGAUCAGUGUCCAUGAGGGCAGCGUGAGGGUAACCUGUCCCAGGGAGGGCAGUGUUCUGAAGAGCAAGGCUCACUGUCUACCAGCUGUGUGUUUAUUUAAUGUCAUUUCAAGAGUAUGCCCAGUCCUAAACUUAAAGAGAAUCGAAAGUACCGAUGCUAAAUUUUACAAGCAGUUGGCAAGUGUUUUUAUUACUUCUUCAGGACCUCCAAGUUCAGAUUGCCAAGCAAGUGUCCUUUGCAUUAGGGAAAUCUGAAAUCCACACUGUAUCUUUAACAAGUCUAAAUAGCUUUAUUAACGUUCUUUUAAAUGAAAAGUACACGUUUUAUAUAGUGAAAUUUGAGUGAUUUUCCUUUUUAUUUUUUUUCUUUACAUCCCUAGGAUGUUCAAUCUCAUUUUAAUUCUGUGCAAAACACGAAACACAGCCUUUUUGGAAAGUUAAUGUCAAAGGAAAAUACCACAUAUAAUGUAGUAUUGGCAUCUCUCAGCCUUUAUUUGGAUAAUAAUCAUGUUACUAUGAAAAGGGGAAAAACCUUCAAGAUAAGUGCUGGUGUAUUUCUAAGAACAACCAAGAAGAUACAAAUACAAACACAAAUAUGUGCGUGCGCACACACACACACACACACACACACACACACAUAUGCAUCCAGGGCCUGAUGCAUCGGGCCUAUCCAGUAUGAAGCUUUUGUUUUAUUUGUAUUUUUAGACAAGGUCUUAACGUAGCCCAGACUGGCCACAGACUCACUGCUACACAGCUAAGGCUGACCUUGAGUUUAUGAUCAUCCUGCCUCCACUUCGCUUCCCAGUUACUGAGUGUACAGGCAUGCACACCUGGUGGUUCAGUUGAUAGUUUUUAAAACAUAAAACUUAUCAGUAGCUCAGUGGGUGAGGAUUUGCAAGGCACUUUUGUGGGUUUUACUUGAAUUAAUCUUGACAGCCUUCCUGGGAAGUACAGAGCAAGGACUGUUUCGCUUACAGAUGAAGACUGAAGGACUGGACUGUGUUGGCUGCAGUCCUUAUCUAGAACAUUCUCCCUCUCCUGUGGGACUGACACAGGCAAGGCUGGCUGUAUGAUGGUAUUAACUACAGAAACGAGUGUGAAUGCUAAGUGACGCAAGCAUUUGGCAACUUCAUUUUAGGGAGUCAUCUCUUUUGCUCCUUUCUUUUCCAGCAAUUUUUAUAAAACUCGUCUACAAGCUCAAUUGGGGCCUAAAAUUUCCCGUUGAAAAUGUCGAAACAUUUUAAGUAACUGUGAAAAUGGUUUUUAUUUCUUGCCAAUCUGGGAAUAUGCCUUCUAUGUGUGUGAGCGUGUAUGUGUGUUAAGUGCUGUAUUAGUAUGUAUGUAUGUUAAAUGGCUGUAUUUGUGUGUGUGUGUGUGUGCAAGUGCUGUGUUAAUACUUUUUGAAAGAAAAGGACACUUAAAAAUGUAUCACCCCAAAACUUCAAUCUGAAAUGUCUUACAUUAAGAAUUUCUUGAAUGUUGUGUAUAUAUUUUUAAAAGCACUUUGUGAAAUAGUUUGUACAUUUAUUUCCUAAUUUAUACAUGAUUUUGGUGUUAAUAUAUUUAAUGAUUAAUAAUGUUUAUUUAAUGUUUUGUUUAUUUUUAUGUAAUUUUGUGGGGAACAGUAAUGCCAGCAGUUCUUUUUCAUUGACUGUAUUACAGCUUUUUUCUUCUGUAACGUAAAUGUUCGGGAAGUCCUAGCCGAAAUGAACCAUUCAUGCAGUUGUGGUUGA